CAGAACAGGCAAAGUGCCACUCAUGAUGAAUUGCUACGCCAGCCCAAGCUUGUUACAUGUCCUUGUAGCUUCAUUUAUUGUCUUGUCUACUCACUCCCAUUUGGCCCUUACUGGAGUUUUGGCUCAGUAUGAUCAUGAAUAUGAUCACCAUGAUGAAGAAACAGAAUAUUCAUACAUAGAAGCAACAGGAAGAGGACCAUCGAGGUGGGGUCAACUAGAUCCAAAAUGGAAAGCUUGUAGUUAUGGAAGAAAGCAGUCUCCCAUCGAUUUUGUCGAUAGAAGCCUCUCGUUUUGCCCCUCUUUGGGAGAACUCAACAAAGACUAUAGACCAGCUCCAGCUACUCUGACCAAGAGGGGACGCGAAAUUUAUGUCUACUGGAGUGGUGAUGCAGGAAAAAUUAACAUCAACGGCAGUGAUUAUAGACUCAUACAGUUACAUUGGCAUACGCCAGCUGAGCACACUUUCAAUGGAAUAAAGUAUGAUUUGGAGCUUCACAUUGUUCACUCAAACUCCACAAAUGGUACAGCUGUUGUGGGAAUAGUCUAUAGACUUGGCCCACCUGACCCUUUUCUCUCUACGCUGACAGAGAAGAUAAAAUUACUUCAGAGAGAUGGGAAUAUAGAUUUGGGGAUUGUUGACCCGAAAAGCGUUGGGUUUAGAAACAGAGAGUACUAUUACAGAUAUUUGGGUUCGUUAACAACUCCUCCGUGUACGGAGGGUGUGGUUUGGACUGUAUUUAGACAUGUGCGGACUGUUUCGUGGGAGCAAGUACAAGCAUUGAAGGAUGCCAUUGAAUACGGAUUUGAGUCAAAUGCAAGGCCAACUCAGCCACUGAAUGGAAGACCAGUUUGUUUAUAUGCUCCGUUCUAUGGAUAGAUGGAGCUAGAACUUCAGCUUGACUAUUAGGCUUAUAAUACAUAUAUAUAUAUAUAUAUAUAUAAUAAGAUAUUUAAGAGAAUAAGUGGAGGUAACUGGAGAACCGGUAUAUAUAUGUUAUGUUUGCAUCGUCCAUAAACCACAAACAUAUUAAUUGACGGAGUAGUAUGUAUGCUGCUAGGCAAGCUAGCAAGUAAUAUAUAUAUAUAUAUAUAUACACCAUUAUACAGAUACAACCAGUUAUAUAUAUAUACACCAUUAUAUAGAUAUAACCUUAUAUAUAUAUAUAUAUAUAUGCCUCAUCUUGAGCUUUCAUUUUAAGCACUAUACAAGUUUUAGCCUCAUCAAAACUUCGCGCCAUACAAUUAAUAGCACAUCAUUUUUAUACGCGAAAUUAAGUUAACCUUUUUUUUUCAAUAAAUUAAGUUAAUAGCCUCAUAAUGUGUAACUGAGGAUGAUGCUACUACCGGUUGAAUUAUCAUUGAUACAAAAAAAUUAUAACUAUUAGAAAGUGAUCGAUCAUUUAUUUUAU